GAUGAUACUGAAAAUAAAACAUAUCCUCUGGUUAUACUGCCUGUGUCAAAGUGCAUCUGGGUUCGCAUCCAACACGUUAACUAUGAUGAGGCCUGUGAGUGGCUCCCUCUCGGGGAAGGUGGUUUUGCCGUGCCACUUCUCCAAUAUGCCCACAGCCAAGCCCUCCAUCAACGCCAACGGCACAGUAACCCCCACCAGCACAGACUACCUGCGCAUCAAAUGGACCAAAAUGGAUGGAGAAAAGGAAUCCACGGUGCUGGUGGCCCAAAAUGGCAUCAUUAAGAUUGGCUCCAUCUACAGAAACCGUGUGUCAGUGCCCAGCCACCCAGAGGAUGUGGGGGAUUCUUCUCUGACCAUGGUGAAGCUCCGAGCCAGCGAUGCCGGCACCUACCGCUGCGAGGUCAUGUAUGGUAUCGAGGACACGCAGGACAUGGUCAACCUCGACGUCAAGGGUGUUGUGUUUCACUACCGGGCAAGCACCAGCAGGUACAACAUGAACUACAAGAGCGCUGUCCAGGCCUGCCAAACCAUAGGAGCCUCCAUCGCCACGCUUGACCAGCUUAAAUCAGCCUAUGAUGACGGCUUUGACCAAUGUGACGCAGGCUGGAUCGCAGAUCUGUCAGUAAGAUACCCAAUCACCAGACCUAGACCUGGCUGCUAUGGCAACCUGCAGAGGAAGGCUGGGGUGAGGACGUAUGGAGCCAGGAAGGCCACAGAGACCUAUGAUGUCUACUGUUAUGUGGACAAGCUGGAUGGUGAGGUGUACUAUGCGCCUGUGACCCGUAAGAUGACGUUUGAGGAGGCGAAGAAGGAGUGUGAGAACAGGAACGCCGUACUGGCGUCGCCGGGUCAGCUCCACUCCGCCUGGAGACAGGGUCUGGACAGAUGUGACUAUGGCUGGCUCUCGGACGGUAGCGCUCGCCAUCCCGUCGCCGUACCCAGAAUGCAGUGCGGUGGAGGUCUACUGGGCGUCAGGACCAUGUACCGCUACAGGAACCAGACUGGCUUCCCAGAACCCUCCACCCAGCUGGGAGCCUACUGCUUUACAGCUAGGAGGGAGCUGAGAAAUCAGACUACCUGGGUGGAUGUGUCUGUGGAGGGUUCUACCACGCCCCCCCCCAUGCUGGCCACAUCCCCCAUUGGUUCCACAACAGAGCUCUCUUCUCUGGACAGAGGCAGCACUACCCAGACCCUGAGUUCUGAACUUGUCACAGAGACAGGAGAAUCAGCUGAGACAGCAGUGACUCCGUCUAUGUUCUCAACCAGCAUGGUUCCGCCUCGCCCCACCCCGGUAACACAUGAAGAUGAUCUUGAGGAGGUGACCCCGCUACACACAACAGCUGCUACAGAGCCACACACUACCAUUGCCAACAUCACCAAGCAGACCACUGACAAUGUCAUUACAACGCCCUUCCCCGAUUCCGACAUCAAUGACUUUGAGGGAAUCUCAAGCCAUGUUGAGUCGUACCCAGGCCGUGGAGACUCGUUCCAAGCUCCACCCACUACAACAGGAAGUCCAACAGCUCCACAUCCUGGUGAUACUACCUCCACUGCUCCCCCUCCGGCCACUGCAGCCAUCCAGGUGGAAGAUGCCAAACCUGAAGAGUUUUUAGGCACCAUUGUGGCCCAGCCACAGAGCACAGAAUCUGGGCAGAGAUUGGCUGAAGCCACAGAAGAACCAGAGGAUCACUCCAUGAUUGAAGUCGGCACGGUUCAGCCUGACAUUCUUCUAGAGGCCUCUCCAAGCACAGAACCCAUGUUUGCUCAUGGAAACACAGAGGAAACCGUCCUGGAAGGGAUCACUCCAGAGAUGACCUUAAACCUGAAAGAUGCCCAAUCAGUUUCGACAACCGAAACAACUGAAUCAAUCACCACUGAAGAGACUACAGAAGAACCAGUCACCUCUGAGCAAACUACAGAUGAACCUAUUAAUCCCGGCACCUGCACAGAGCCCACCACCACCCCGACACAACCAGGAACCACACACUCAGCAAUACCAACGGAUUCAUCGUUGAAGCCUUUAGAUGGCUCAGAAACUGAUGCCCUGACCACACACUCAUCCCAAGAUUCAACCGUGCAAGCUGUCGCUCACCCGGCUGAGACAGAGGGUGUUUCUGAAGCUGAGGCCACCCAGAAACCUCUUCCUCAUGAUGUAGAGACACCAGCCACCGUGUACAGGGAAGAGGCAAGUCAAACACAGGCCCCACCAACUGAAUCCACCACACUACAUGCAACCGUGACAUCCAAGCAGCCUUCCUCUGUGAGCACAACAGCAGUUGCCAUUCUCAUCAACAUUGAGACGUCAGCUGAGGAUGUGACCUCAGGGGUCCAGGUCAUUGAAGAGUCCACCACUCACAUCCCUGAGUUCCCCUGUGAAACCCUGACUGAAGACCCAGACACCCCCACAGACAUCGACACAGAAUACUUCACGUCUGCCCCCAUAACCUCCACCGUGAUCAAGCCCACCAGGGCUCCAGCCACCGUGGGCCCAGACGGACUUCCAAUCCAUGUCAUCAUUGUCAAUGUUGACGAGCAGAAGCAGAACAAGUCAGGAGCUUGGGCACCCGCCAUGGAGCAACUGAGGCAGGGAGGGCCAAGAGGGAGGCGGGGAGGCAUGGUGGUGGGGGUGAGGGCUCCACUGGCCUUAAACAAGUGUCAGCCUCUGCAGCUCUCGGCUCCUGCAGACACUUUGAGUCCGUUCCCUAUCAUCCCUGCCGUUCCUGACCAGGCCACCCCCUCCCUGGUGGAUGGUGAGCCCAUGCUGGCCAGUGGAGAACCUGACUUAUUCUCCUCUGCUGCUGUCACCAUCACCCCAAUGCUGAGCUUCAUCAAUGGAAAACAUGAGGUGACCCUGGAGCCAGAGAGAAGACGGGUAGAGGAGGAGGUUGGGAGGAGACCAGGAGGAGACCAGUUCCAGUUUGAGGGCAAUGUGACCACUCUGGGGGGCAGCGAGGAGGAGAUGACCCCCGCCGUUUUUGAUUACUCUGUGAUAGAGAUUGGAAGCCAGCAAGUCAGCACCUCUGUGUUUGACAAAGAGGUGGAGGGAUCAGAGACACAACCCCCGGAUGAUGACAGUAAUGCUGAGGUGACUCAGCCAGAAGGAAAAGAUGCAAGCAGCACAGAGAAACCAUCAGUUGCUUUAAUUUCAAAUGUAACACUCACAGGCGAUACAAGCUCAGGUGACCAGACCCCUGAUAUGUUUUCCAAAGAGUCUGUUACUACAACAGUUUCUUCUGAAUACAGCACAGUCAAAGCAGAACAAAUGACGUCCACGACUAAAGUUUCUUCUCUGUUUAGCACUGAGAAGCUAAAACAAAUAUUGACCAGAGAACCUCAUGAAACUUCAACAGCUGAGACUGCAAGAAAUGCUACAAAUACAACUUCUUCUCUGUAUAGCACUGAGAGACCUACCACAGCGCAACAGGACACUGCAACAAAAGACAGUGAAAAGACUGCUACAAUUUCAGCAACUUCUCUGUUUAGCACUGAGAAACCAAGUCAUAUAACGACUUCAGUAUCAAAGGAAAUUGCAACAGUGGAGUCGAUAAUGACUGCUGCUGCUAAUACAUUUUCUUCUCUACAUAGUACAGAGAAAAUUGCUAAUUUUGAGACUACCAUCGUAGAGGAGGAGAGCUCAGGAGAUCUGACUUCUGAUAUGUUUACUACUCAGUCAGCUGCCACCCCUCUUUCUCCAGUGUAUGGUACAGUCAGACCAGAACAGCCAGGGGCACCAUCAAGUUCUGAAAUGCCAUCAUUUGUUCCUUUUAUUGAUGAAACAGAGACAAGCACCGCCCCCACUUCAGAAGGGGAUAGAAGGUCAAGUGGUUCAACACCUGAGAUGUUCACGAAGGAGUCAUUUGCAACAACUGCAUCCACAUCAGAGUCAGUUAGUGCUUUCACUACAACAAGACCAACUGUGACCUCAAAUUCAAUCUUGACCAUUACAGAGGACGAUGGUUCUGGUGACCAGAUCCCUGAUAUGUUUACCAAGGUAUCUACUAAUGCAACAUCUCUGGAUGUCACCUCACAGACAACAAUUGCAAUUGCCCAGCCUUCAGUCACUGCCAUUGUCGAGAAAACAACAGGUUUGAUUUAUGCCCUCAGAGAUGACGGAUCAGGGGACACAGCUGAAAUUAUUCCACAAGAAUCAUCCAAGACUCCCAAUGUUACCCUGAUAGAUCAGACACGGGAACCAAUGGAGACAUCAGCUACAGUGAUUGGAACCUCACAGAAAGCACUCACUGAUAUAACAGAAUCUGGACCGAUUAGAGAAACAGGAAGGACAUCAGGUAUUCCCCUUAUUGAUGAUACAGAGAAAAGUUCAAUUCUUGAUAUGUUUACCAAAGACGGGGCAACCACCACGGUCUCUGCUCUUUUCAGUCCAGAGAAACCAGGACAUGUCGGAAUGACAGCGUCACAUGAUUUUGAAACAGAUGAGACCUCAAAGACAGCUCCUACUUCUGCUUCGUCUCUAUAUGGCACAGUGAAAGCAGGACAAGUUACAGAAAAAUCAACAGAUACCACUAUUAACGGUGACAUAGAGUCAAGUUCAUUCCUCACCUCUACAGAUGAAGAAAGCUCAGGUGACCAAACAACUGAGAUUUUUACAAAGACUUCCUCUGUGACACCUAUAUCUUCUUUGUACGGCACAGAAGCAACAAGUUUAGCUUACAUUGCUGUCACAUCAUCCAUAUCUCCAGACAUUGAAGAGGUGUUCAAUGACAGUACCGCAGAGGCUUCACUCGUUGAAGCUAAACCUUCAACUGCUCAAACUACCAAACAACUUGAGGGAGAACUUACAAUCCUCAGCACUGCCCCUGACAAAAGUUCAGUCCUCACCACAGAAAAAGAGAGCUCAAGUGAUAAGACACCUGAUAUGUUUACCAAAGACACAGGAACAAUAACAGUUUCUUCUCUGUUCAGUACUAAGAAGCCAAUACCAGUAGUGACUACAGCAUCGCAUGAAACUGCAGCAGCUGAAAUAUCAAAGAUUACAAUCACUUCAGCUUAUUCUCUGUAUAGCACUGAGAAGCCUACCACAGCGUCACAGGAAACUGCAACAGCAGAUAGUAAAAAUACUUCUACAACUAUAGCAACUUCUCUGUUUAGCACUGAGAAGCCAGGACAUAUAACGACUUCAGUAUCACAGGAAACUGCAACAGUGGAGUCGAAAAUGACUGCUGCUGCAGCUACAGUUUCUUCUCCACAUACUACAGAGAAAACUGCUCAUGUUGAAACUACCAUCCUAGAGGAGGAGAGCUCAGGAGAUCUGACUUCUGAUAUGUUUACUACUCAGUCAGCUGCCACCCUUCUUUCUCUAGUGUAUAGUACAGUCAGACCAGAACAGCCAGAGGUACCAUCAAGCUCAGAAAUGCCAUCAGUUGUUCCCAUUAUUGAUGAAACAGAGACAAGCACCAUCCUCCCUUCAGAAGAGGAUACAAGCUCAGCUGGAGCAACAACUGAGAUGUUCACCAAGGACUCUGUUGCAACAACUUCAUCCACAUCAGAGUCACUUAGUGCUUUCACUGCAUCAAGACCAACAGUGACCUCAAGUUCAAUCUUGACCCUUACAGAGGAAGAUGGUUCUGGUGACCAGACCACUGAUAUGUUUACCAAGGCACCAGGUUCAACGAUUGAGUUGGUCAGCAGUUAUUCCACUGUUCAUACAUCGACUGGACAGGUGAUGGAACAAAACAGUGCAUCAACACAGUACACCCACAGCACCUCUUCACCCAGAGACUUGGAGGGAUCUGGAAUCUCAAAGACAGAGGAUGACCAAGAGACAACUCAGGCAGAGGGAUUGGGUGUGGAGGUAGCAGAUGAGACCGCCACUAAACCACAGGACUUGUUCUCUGUAGUCACAGAUGAGACAGAAAUCAAAGAGACCGAGAGUAAAUCUGAGGCUCUAGGUGUUGCAUCCUCAACACAGUCCACACAGCUCAGCCAAGAAUCUACAUCAACCCAAAACCCUCUAUCCACUAGCACAGCUGAGACAAUAGAAUCAGCUACUGCUUCAUUGUCCGAGCAAGGUAGUGGAGACUUGACAGAACCCUCUUUUUCAGAAAGUGAUGCCACAGAGGGUGAGAGUUCAGGUGAUGACACAUCUGCUAUUACAACAGUCCCACUGCAUACUACAUCAUCUUCAACAGACUCAUUGGUUACAAAAUCAGUAAGCACUGAAGUAACUAAUGGAACCAAAGGGGUUGAGCAGACAGAAGAAACAACAGGCACAAAUGGACCUUCAGCUGGCCCUGUCUCAAGUGUGACAGCCUCAGUGGUCACAUUCACUGAUGAGGAGUGUUCUGGCUACCUGACACCUGAAAUUUUUACCAAGGAAUCUACUACACCAACAUCACUAGGGUCAGAAGCUUUGAUGAUCACAUCUUCCUCCGCAAUCAUCAGCAUUGACCAAUUCCAAAGCACAACUGUAGGAAAAGUUAUCACACCCACAGAGGAAAUAGAUGAAUCACCCAAAGAAUCUCCCACUGCAGCAGUUGAAACUUUGGAGCCUUCUGUGGACCAAGCAACUGGACUAGCAAGCACAUCAUCAACAUUUUUCACUGCAUUCAAUUACGUAGACAUGGGGGUCUCGGGAAUCUCAGCAGCAGAUGACGACCAGGAGACAAGUAAACCUGAAGGGACAGUUGAGGAAGCACCAGUGGAAACCACCACUAAACCACAGUACCAGUUCACUGUAGCAACCGAUGAGAAUGAAAUCAGAGAGACUGAGAGCACAUCUGAGAGUCCAAGUAAUGUUUCUUCAAUAGAGAUCACACAGUCCCAAGAAUCCACAUCAACCCAAUCUCCUUCCAUGUCAAGCAAAGGUAAACCAGCAGAGGCUUCCACAGCCUCCUUCACAGAGCAGGGUAGUGGUGACUUGACAAUAGACUCUAUAGCUGAGGAUGAACGGAGAGUGCAUGAGAGUUCAGAUGAAGACAUCUCAGAUGUGUCCACUAAGCAACCUGCAAGCACGACUGCUCCUCUCCUGUCUAGUCCAGCAACAACAAAGGAGGGAUUCACCACAUUGUCUGUCAGUGGUGACGCCACCCUUGAAACAGCUGUUGAGGUUGAUGCUACUCUAUCAAUCGGCACAACUGCAGAGGUACCUAAGUUUAUUUCUAGCGCAGUUCAGACACCGGAAAGUGAGGUGACAGAAAAAGAUGCAAGCAGCACAGAGAAACCAUCAGUUGCUUUAAUUUCAAAUGUAACACUCACAGGCGAUAAAAGCUCAGGUGACCAGACCCCUGAUAUGUUUACCAAAGAGUAUGUUACUACAACAGUUUCUUCUGAAUACAGCACAGUCAAAGCAGAACAAAUGACGUCCACGACUAAAGUUUCUUCUCUGUUUAGCACUGAGAAGCUAAAACAAAUAUUGACCAGAGAACCUCAUGAAACUGCAACAGCUGAGACUGCAAGAAAUGCUACAAAUACAACUUCUUCUCUGUAUAGCACUGAGAGACCUACCACAGCGCAACAGGACACUGCAACAAAAGACAGUGAAAAGACUGCUACAAUUUCAGCAACUUCUCUGUUUAGCACUGAGAAACCAAGUCAUAUAACGACUUCAGUAUCAAAGGAAAUUGCAACAGUGGAGUCGAUAAUGACUGCUGCUGCUAAUACAUUUUCUUCUCUACAUAGUACAGAGAAAAUUGCUAAUUUUGAGACUACCAUCGUAGAGGAGGAGAGCUCAGGAGAUCUGACUUCUGAUAUGUUUACUACUCAGUCAGCUGCCACCCCUCUUUCUCCAGUGUAUGGUACAGUCAGACCAGAACAGCCAGGGGCACCAUCAAGUUCUGAAAUGCCAUCAUUUGUUCCUUUUAUUGAUGAAACAGAGAGAAGCACCGCCCCCACUUCAGAAGGGGAUAGAAGGUCAAGUGGUUCAACACCUGAGAUGUUCACGAAGGAGUCAUUUGCAACAACUGCAUCCACAUCAGAGUCAGUUAGUGCUUUCACUACAACAAGACCAACUGUGACCUCAAGUUCAAUCUUGACCAUUACAGAGGACGAUGGUUCUGGUGACCAGACCCCUGAUAUGUUUACCAAGGUAUCUACUAUUGCAACAUCUCUGGAUGUCACCUCACAGACAACAAUUGCAAUUGCCCAGCCUUCAGGCACUGCCAUUGUCGAGAAAACAACAGGUUUGAUUUAUGUCCACAGAGAUGACGGAUCAGGGGACACAGCUGAAAUUAUUCCACAAGAAUCAUCUACGACUCCCAAUGUUACCCUGAUAGAUCAGACACGGGAACCAAUGGAGACAUCAGCUACAGUGAUCGGAACCUCACAGAAAGCACUCACUGAUAUAACAGAAUCUGGACCGAUUAGAGAAACAGGAAGGACAUCAGGUAUUCCCCUUAUUGAUGAUACAGAGAAAAGUUCAAUUCUUGAUAUGUUUACCAAAGACGCUGCAACCACCACGGUCUCUGCUCUUUUCAGUCCAGAGAAACCAGGACAUGUCGGAAUGACAGCGUCACAUGAUUUUGCAACAGAUGAGACCUCAAAGACAGGUCCUACUUCUGCUUCGUCUCUAUAUGGCACAGAGAAAGCAGGACAAGUUACAGAAAAAUCAACAGAUACCACUAUUACCGCUGACAUAAAGUCAAGUUCAUUCCUCACCUCUACAGAUGAAGAAAGCUCAGGUGACCAAACAACUGAGAUUUUUACAAAGACUUCCUCUGUGACACCUAUAUCUUCUUUGUACGGCACAGAAGCAACAAGUUUAGCUUACAUUGCUGUCACAUCAUCCAUAUCUCCAGACAUUGAAGAGGUGUUCAAUGACAGUACCGCAGAGGCUUCACUCGUUGAAGAUAAACCUUCAACUGCUCAAACUACCAAACAACUUGAGGGAGAACUUACAAUCCUCAGCACUGCCCCUGACAAAAGUUCAGUCCUCACCACAGAAAAAGAGAGCUCAGGUGAUCAGACACCUGAUAUGUUUACCAAAGACACAGGAACAAUAACAGUUUCUUCUCUGUUCAGUACUAAGAAGCCAAUACCAGUAGUGACUACAGCAUCGCACGAAACUGCAGCAGCUGAAAUAUCAAAGAUUACAAUCACUUCAGCUUAUUCUCUGUAUAGCACUGAGAAGCCUACCACAGCGUCACAGGAAACUGCAACAGCAGAUAGUAAAAAUACUUCUACAACGAUAGCAACUUCUCUGUUUAGCACUGAGAAGCCAGGACAUAUAACAACUUCAGUAUCACAGGAAACUGCAACAGUGGAGUCGAAAAUGACUGCUGCUGCAGCUACAGUUUCUUCUCCACAUACUACAGAGAAAACUGCUCAUGUUGAAACUACCAUCCUAGAGGAGGAGAGCUCAGGAGAUCCUACUUCUGAUAUGUUUACUACUCAGUCAGCUGCCACCCUUCUUUCUCUAGUGUAUAGUACAGUCAGACCAGAACAGCCAGAGGUACCAUCAAGCUCAGAAAUGCCAUCAGUUGUUCCCAUUAUUGAUGAAACAGAGACAAGCACCAUCCUCCCUUCAGAAGAGGAUACAAGCUCAGCUGGAGCAACAACUGAGAUGUUCACCAAGGACUCUGUUGCAACAACUUCAUCCACAUCAGAGUCACUUAGUGCUUUCACUGCAUCAAGACCAACAGUGACCUCAAGUUUAAUCUUGACCCUUACAGAGGAAGAUGGUUCUGGUGACCAGAACACUGAUAUGUUUACCAAGGCACCAGGUUCAACGAUUGAGUUGGUCAGCAGUUAUUCCACUGUUCAUACAUCGACUGGACAGGUGAUGGAACAAAACAGUGCAUCAACACAGUACACUCACAGCACCUCUUCACCCAGAGACUUGGAGGGAUCUGGAAUCUCAAAGACAGAGGAUGACCAAGAGACAACUCAGGCAGAGGGAUUAGGUGUGGAGGUAGCAGAUGAGACCGCCACUAAACCACAGGACUUGUUCUCUGUAGUCACAGAUGAGACAGAAAUCAAAGAGACCGAGAGUAAAUCUGAGGCUCUAGGUGUUGCAUCCUCAACACAGUCCACACAGCUCAGCCAAGAAUCUACAUCAACCCAAAACCCUCUAUCCACUAGCACAGCUGAGACAAUAGAAUCAGCUACUGCUUCAUUGUCCGAGCAAGGAAGUGGAGACUUGACAGAACCCUCUUUUUCAGAAAGUGAUGCCACAGAGGGUGAGAGUUCAGGUGAUGACACAUCUGCUAUUACAACAGUCUCACUGCAUACUACAUCAUCUUCAACAGACUCAUUGGUUACAAAAUCAGUAAGCACUGAAGUAACUAAUGGAACCAAAGGGGUUGAGCAGACAGAAGAAACAACAGGCACAGAUGGACCUUCAGCUGGCCCUGUCUCAAGUGUGACAGCCUCAGUGGUCACAUUCACUGAUGAGGAGUGUUCUGGCUACCUGACACCUGAAAUUUUUACCAAGGAAUCUACUACACCAACAUCACUAGGGUCAGAAGCUUUGAUGAUCACAUCUUCCUCCGCAAUCAUCAGCAUUGACCAAUUCCAAAGCACAACUGUAGGAAAAGUUAUCACACCCACAGAGGAAAUAGAUGAAUCACCCAAAGAAUCUCCCACUGCAGCAGUUGAAACUUUGGAGCCUUCUGUGGACCAAGCAACUGGACUAGCAAGCACAUCAUCAACAUUUUUCACUGCAUUCACUUACGUAGACAUGGGGGUCUCGGGAAUCUCAGCAGCAGUGGACGACCAGGAGACAAGUAAACCUGAAGGGACAGUUGAGGAAGCACCAGUGGAAACCACCACUAAACCACAGUACCAGUUCACUGUAGCAACCGAUGAGAAUGAAAUCAGAGAGACUGAGAGCACAUCUGAGAGUCCAAGUAAUGUUUCUUCAAUAGAGAUCACACAGUCCCAAGAAUCCACAUCAACCCAAUCUCCUUCCAUGUCAAGCAAAGGUAAACCAGCAGAGGCUUCCACAGCCUCCUUCACAGAGCAGGGUAGUGGUGACUUGACAAUAGACUCUAUAGCUGAGGAUGAAUGGAGAGAGCAUGAGAGUUCAGAUGAAGACAUCUCAGAUGUGUCCACUAAGCAACCUGCAAGCACGACUGCUCCUCUCCUGUCUAGUCCAGCAACAACAAAGGAGGGAUUCACCACAUUGUCUGUCAGUGGUGACGCCACCCUUGAAACAGCUGUUGAGGUUGAUGCUACUCUAUCAAUCGGCACAACUGCAGAGGUACCUAAGUUUAUUUCUAGCGCAGUUCAGACACCGGAAAGUGAGGUGACAGAAAAAGAUGCAAGCAGCACAGAGAAACCAUCAGUUGCUUUAAUUUCAAAUGUAACACUCACAGGCGAUACAAGCUCAGGUGACCAGACCCCUGAUAUGUUUUCCAAAGAGUCUGUUACUACAACAGUUUCUUCUGAAUACAGCACAGUCAAAGCAGAACAAAUGACGUCCACGACUAAAGUUUCUUCUCUGUUUAGCACUGAGAAGCUAAAACAAAUAUUGACCAGAGAACCUCAUGAAACUUCAACAGCUGAGACUGCAAGAAAUGCUACAAAUACAACUUCUUCUCUGUAUAGCACUGAGAGACCUACCACAGCGCAACAGGACACUGCAACAAAAGACAGUGAAAAGACUGCUACAAUUUCAGCAACUUCUCUGUUUAGCACUGAGAAACCAAGUCAUUUAACGACUUCAGUAUCAAAGGAAAUUGCAACAGUGGAGUCGAUAAUGACUGCUGCUGCUAAUACAUUUUCUUCUCUACAUAGUACAGAGAAAAUUGCUAAUUUUGAGACUACCAUCGUAGAGGAGGAGAGCUCAGGAGAUCUGACUUCUGAUAUGUUUACUACUCAGUCAGCUGCCACCCCUCUUUCUCCAGUGUAUGGUACAGUCAGACCAGAACAGCCAGGGGCACCAUCAAGUUCUGAAAUGCCAUCAUUUGUUCCUUUUAUUGAUGAAACAGAGACAAGCACCGCCCCCACUUCAGAAGGGGAUAGAAGGUCAAGUGGUUCAACACCUGAGAUGUUCACGAAGGAGUCAUUUGCAACAACUGCAUCCACAUCAGAGUCAGUUAGUGCUUUCACUACAACAAGACCAACUGUGACCUCAAGUUCAAUCUUGACCAUUACAGAGGACGAUGGUUCUGGUGACCAGAUCCCUGAUAUGUUUGCCAAGGUAUCUACUAAUGCAACAUCUCUGGAUGUCACCUCACAGACAACAAUUGCAAUUGCCCAGCCUUCAGUCACUGCCAUUGUCGAGAAAACAACAGGUUUGAUUUAUACCCUCAGAGAUGACGGAUCAGGGGACACAGCUGAAAUUAUUCCCCAAGAAUCAUCUACGACUCCCAUUGUUACCCUGAUAGAUCAGACACGGGAACCAAUGGAGACAUCAGCUACAGUGAUCGGAACCUCACAGGAAGCACUCACUGAUAUAACAGAUUCUGGACAGACUAGAGAAAAAGAAACAUCAGUUGUUCCCUUUUUUGAUGAAACAGAGAAAAGCACCAUCCUUACUUCAGAUGAGGAUACAAGCUCAGCUGGAGCAACAACUGAGAUGCUCACUAAGGACUCUGUUGCAACAACUGCAUCCACAUCAGAGUCAGUUAGUGCUUUCACCUCAUCAAGUCCAAAAGAGACCACAAGUUCAAUCUUGACACUUACAGAGGAGGAUGGUUCUGGUGACCAGACCUCUGAUACAUUUACCAAGGCACCAGUCUCAACGAUUGAGUUUGUCAGCAGGUCUACCACUGUUCAUACAUCGACUGGACAGGUGAUGGAACAAACCGGGGCAUCAACACAUUCUGCCCACAGCACCUCUUCACCCAUGGACUUGGAGGGAUCUGGAAUCUCAAAGACAGAGGAUGACCAAGAGACAACUCAGGCAGAGGGUUCAGGUGAGGAGGUAGUAGUUGAGACUGCCACUCAACCACAAGACCUAUUCAUGGUAGCCACAGAUGAGACCGAAAUCAGAGAGACUGAAAGCACAUCUUGGACUCCAAAUGUUGAUGCUUCAAAAGAGUUCACACAGUCACAGGAAUCCACAUCAACCCAAUAUCCUUCCAUGUUAAUAACAGGUAAACCAUCAGAGGCUUCCACAGUCUCUUUCACAGAGAAUGGUAGUGGUGACUUGACAAUUGACUCUACAGUUGAGAAUGAUGGUACAGAGGAUGAGAGUUCAGGUGAAGACAAUUUAGACAUGUCCACUAAGCAACCUGCAAGCACAACUGCUCCUCUACUGUCUAGUCCAGCAACAACAAUGGAGGAAUUUACCACAUUGUCUGUCAGCAGUGUCACCAGCCUAGAAACAGCUGUUGAGGUUGAUGAAACCCUAUCAUCUGGCACAACUGCUGAGGUACCUAAGUUUAUUUCUAUCACAGCUCAGACCACGGAAAGUGAGGUGACAGAAAGAAAAACAAGCAGUACAAAUAAAUCAUCAGUUGCCUUAAUUUCAGAUGAAAGCUCAGGUGACCAGACCUCUGAUAUGUUUACCAAGGAAACUGCCCAAACAGAAUCCAUUGUGUCAAGCACACCAGGCCCAGAUGAUGAGGGUCAUGUCAGCCCAGAUACUGAAACCCCCAUCAGUCCAGAUGCUACACAGCCCCCUGCUACUGUGAAUGAUCGCACAACUAUGACUGAUAGCACAACUAUGAGUGACCGUACAACACACCGAUUCCAUAUAACCGAAAGAGACCAUACUACGACGAGAGCCCAUACAACAGUGAGUGAUCAUUCAACUGUUGGAGACCACACAGUAGUAAGAGACCACACAACUGUCAGAGACCAUACGACAGUGCCUUUUAGAUCACAGUCAUCCACAUUCACUGCUCUCCCCUCUAUUAUGUACCAGGGUGUUACUGACCAGCAGGUCAUGAUAGUCACCUCAACAAGCAGCCAAACCAAAACUGACCAGACCCCCACCAUGGUGGUGCACGGUACGAAACCAUCAACAAGCACAGUUAUCAUAUUUACAGAGGAGGCCGGAGAUGAGGACACACUGUUCUCCACUGUUACAGAGAGCAUGACCACAACCCCUGAGAUUAUCACUAAAGAUGAAACCAUAAUUGACGCUGAUACUGUGGCAAUGGUUGAACUCUCCUCACCUCUCUACCCCACCAUCUUUACAGAGGAAGCAUGGGGAGUCACAGCCAUUACCAUGACACCACAGUCCUCAAUUACAAUGACAAAAGAACCUGAAGGGUCUGGGACAGAUGACUGUUUGUCUUCCACAAUUGACUCACUGAGUCUGGCCACAACACAAAUCCCAUCAGUCACCUCUGUAGAUAUAUCUGCAGAGGCAAGUGCUAAGACAACAAGAAGGUCUGCAAAAGUUAAACAUUCAGAGACUGUGAGAACGACCACCUCGUCAUCUGUAGAGGAUGUUUUUAGUGAGGCGUCUACUUCAGUGUUUGUGUCCUCUGUAGCUCAAACCACCCAAACCAAAGCUCUAUCCACGGAGUCCAGCUCUCAGACGGCAUUCACCACACCAACUGUGUUUAUUGAUGAGUUCUCCGGAGAUGGUGUCACUGGUGAGGAGUCUGAUACCGAGCCUACUCCUUCUGCCCCUGUAUCAUCCCAAGCAUCAACUCUCCCCAUAGAUACAAUCUCACAGACCACAGUUAGCAGUGAGGAAUUCCGGACAGAUGCAAUUGAAUUAUCCACCGCCCCUUCUCCUAUUACUGUUAAAGCUAGAGUAGAAGACACAUCUGAUGAGCAUUCUGAAGUGGAGGCCACAACAACUUCAUCUAGUUCCACCCAAGCCACCAAGGUGUCUAACACUCCUACACAACAUACGCCAGUGUCCACUGAAGAAGACAAAGAGACUGUGAAACCAACCAGCCCAUUGCCUGUUGAUGAGUCUUCAGGAGAAGAUGACUCUGAAGGCUCUGGAUCUGAGACCUUCACCUCUGUAGUGGAGACCUCCCAAACCACAAUCCCCACCUCAACAGCUGCUAAGGAGGGUGAUGCGACAGAGAUUAACAUUCUAGUACCUUCAUCUUUAGAGGAGGGCAUCUCUGGGGAUGACAUGAAGACUUCAAAUCCCAAACCCUCUGAAGCCACUUCCUCCCUGUAUAGCAAAGAUAAACCAUCAGUUGCUUCCAUUUUGGAUUUAACCUCCACAGAUGAAGAAAGCUUUGGUGACCCAACCCCUAAAACGUUUACCAAAGAGUCUGUUACUGUACGUUUACAAAUGACAUCCACAACUACGGUUUAUUCUCUGUUCAGCACUGAGAAAUCUUCACUUUCUUCCAUUUCGGAUAUAAUCUCCACAGACGAAGAGAGCUCUGGUGACCAUACCCCUGAUAAUUUUAGUAAAGCGUCUAAAACAACCACAGUUUCUCCAGUUGACAGCACUGUCAAAAUGGAGCAGGUAACAGCCACAACAAUGUCACCUGAAAAAGCAACAGCAGAGAUUGAAAAGACUACAACUACUACAGGGUUGUCUCUGUUUAGGACUGAGAAAACAGAGAAAGCUUCCUCCCAGGCAAGUUUGUCUGUCCAUUCCACUGUUGCGCCAUCUGUAAUGCUCGAUGUGGUGGACCAGUUUGUCACAGAUUUUGUCCCCGAGGUGGACGUGACAAAACCUGAAGAAUCUUUCCAACAGGCUAGGUCUGAGAUUGCAUUUACCCAACAUGCAUUUACCCAUACCUCUGCUAUGUCAGUCACUACAACAGCUUCUUCUGUACACAGCACUGUCAAAGCAGAACAAGUGACAACCACAGUAAGGCCACAUGUCAUGUCACCAGAAGAGUCUGCAGCCAUUGAUCCGACAGAAACACCAACAGACUCAGAGGAGUUAGUAACUCCUGGUGUUGAUGACAUAGAAACAGGUUCUACAGAUGAAGAGAGUUCUGGAGAUGAGACAAGUCCGAUGACCACCCAGGAGUCUCCUGUAACAGAAGCUCAUUUACACAGUAGCACAGCCAAGCCAUUGCAGACAUCAACAUCAGCUGUCUAUGAAUCCGUGGCUGACCUUACCUCUCCUGAAACAACUGCUGAUAGUGAAGAAACCACACAGACAGACCUAACUAACACAGGACAGCCAUCAGAUAUUGCCAGUUCAGUGAAAAGCACAGUGAUCUCAGUCCUACCUGAUAAAGAUAAGGAGAGCUCAGGUGACCAAACCCUUGACAUUUUUACCAAAGACUUACCAACUACUACAGUUUCCUCUCUGUUUAGCACAGAGGAACCUACAACAACAUCACAGGAAACUGUAACAGAGGAGAGUGAAGUCACUGAGCAAACUGAGAGACCAUCAGGCUCUGGAAAAACAUCAGCUACCAUCUCUGUCUUACCUUCCACAGAUGACCAGAGCUCAGGUCACCAGACAAGUGAGGGUUUCACUACAGACACUUCUUCAACAGAAGAUCCUCUCUUGGCUAGCACAGUGCAGGCAAUUGCCUCUGUCUAUUCCACUGAGGCAGCAUCAGAGUCUGACGUGGUGGUCCAGUUUGUCACAACAUUUGUACCCAAACCAGACAUGACAACACCAGAGGAAUCGUUUGAACAGGCCAGGUCAGAGAUAACAUUUACUCAUCGUCCUCAUACUGAUCUCUCUUCUGAGGAAACAGCAUUGCCUACAACCAGUCCCAUGCUGCCUAAGGAAGAUUCAAGCCAGUCUUUAGAAACUAUAACUGCACCUGCACAGAGCUCAGAAUCAAUUUUUGUCUCUACUGCUUCUCCAGUGAAGACCGAUGCUGUUUUACUCACACCAGAGGCAGAGGAACAAGUUGAAGCUUCAAGCCAGGUACCUACAACAGAGGAGGCAGGAGGCAGCUCCGAACAAGAGGCUGUGGUUGAAGAGACAAGCGUUCCUAUCAUUGUUUCUCCUCUAACUGAGAAGGUAUUAGAAACUAAAGUGAACAGCACACCAUCUGCAAUGACAUACAUUGAUGAAAUGGUGGACUAUGAAAGUACCUCAGAGCCAGUACAGGUUAAAUCUAUACCUUCCGUCGUUACAACCACCACAAAGCCUGAGGUGGAAGCAACAGCGCUCAGAACUGUCCCAACACAGAAUGUCCCAACACAGACUGUCCCAACACAGAAUAUUCAGAGUGUGUCAUCGAGUUCAGAGAGCAGAUCAGAUGAACUGUCCAGCCCAUCUGUGACUCAAUCAGUAUUAGCCUCCUACAGCUCAGAAAGCAGUUUGGAGGAAAAGUUGACAAUUGCUUCAACCUUGAAGCCAGAGAAUGACACAACAGAGGAGACCACCCCAUCCCUCUUUGUGACUCAGACAGAACUGACAUCCGCCGUCACUGGUUCACCCUCUCUCACGACUUCUAGUGUUGAAAUUAAGUCAGCCGGUUCUGAGAGCAGUCCAGAAGAAAAUACAGUUUCUGAGAAGCCAGAGAUUGACACUGUGGAGGAAACCACCCAAUCGUUGGCACAGAUUCAGACCGGGGUUUUGCCAGGUGUCACCAGUCCACCAUCUCGCCAGUCUCCAGCCGACCCCGGAGCGGAGUCCCUUAGUGUCGUAAGCUCCUCUGAGAAACAUGAAGCACAGGGUGAAAUUGAGGAAGUUGUUACUCCUACCACGGAGAUGCCAACGAGGGAAAAGCCAGAGUACACAACUGAAUCGCCAGCAGGAACACAGAACGAGCCAGAAUCAGUUGCUACAAUCCACAGUAUUCCUUCAUCUGUGUCUGCGGAGGAGGAAACCGUGGACUAUGAUAAUGUAUCAGGACCUACGUUAGUCGAGGGUGAACCCCCCAUCAAGGGAGUAGAAAAUACCACUUCAGCUGAGACCAGACUGGAUUUGGGGCACACGAUCGUUGGCGAGACAAUUGAAAUUGCAGGCAUCCACUCCUGCACUGAGAACAUUUGUCUGAAUGGGGGCUCUUGCUAUAGACGCGGAAGUCUCCCCUCUUGCAGCUGUGCCCCUGGCUACAGUGGAGAUCGUUGUGAAACAGACAUUGAUGAAUGUCAGUCCAACCCCUGUCGCAACGGAGCUACAUGCAUUGACGGCCUGAAUUCCUUCACCUGUGUUUGCCUCUCAAGCUACGCUGGACUCUAUUGUGAAGAAGACACUGAGACGUGUGACUCUGGCUGGCACAAGUUCCAGGGCCACUGCUACAAGUACAUCCCCCAGAGGAGGAACUGGGACACAGCAGAGAGAGAGUGCAGGGUACAGGGGGCACACCUGGCCAGCAUCCUCUCCCAUGAUGAGCAGCAGUUUGUCAACCGCCUUGGACAGGACUACCAGUGGAUCGGCCUGAACGAUAAGAUGUACGAGAAUGACUUCCGCUGGACCGACAGCACGCCCAUGCAAUAUGAGAACUGGCGUCCCAACCAGCCAGACAGUUUCUUCUCAUCUGGAGAGGACUGUGUGGUGAUGAUCUGGCACGAGGACGGCCAGUGGAAUGACGUGCCUUGCAACUACCAUCUCACCUUCACCUGCAAGAAAGGCACAGUGGCCUGUAACCAGCCCCCUCUGGUACAGAACACUCGUACCUUCGGCAGAAAGAGGUCACGCUAUGAGAUCAACGCACUAGUGAGGUACCAGUGUAGGGACGGUUUCAUCCAGAGGCACGUGCCAACCAUCCGUUGCCGUGAAGACGGCCGAUGGGACAUCCCCAAAAUCGCCUGCAUGAGUCCAUCAAACUUCCAGAGGGCCUUUGCGAGGAGGCAGAGUUAUAGCCUGUUCAGUAGCAACAAAUAUAAGCGGCGGUCUGACGAGGCGGCGGCCCGACAUCAUCCUCACCAUCGAGGAAGGAGAGAGCGGAGAGGCAGAAGACAAGCAGAAGACAAUGAUCGCCAUGAUUACGCUAGGUUACGUUUACUCAGAACUAGCAGAGCCUAAACCAUAGGAACGCAGGACUGUUAGUUAUGUGGAUAUAUAUAUAUUUUUUAAUCGAAUUAAAACAUUUUAAGAACUUUAAAGAAUGAAAGGACAAAAAGAAGAAACCCAAAGGAUAUUUACAAUUUUUCUUGCAAUUUUGAUGGUGGAAUCUUGGAAUGAUGUGAUUUUAAAGAAUAUUCUUAUAAAGGGACACUAUUUUAUAACAAAGCCAAAGUGGAUACCUUCAGAUGGCUACUGGAAAAGUGUGCUGGAGAUGUACUUUGGACCAAAUAAUGCAUUCAUCCGCAAUGAUACGAUUUUCUCCCUUUUAUACAGACAGGAGAGUGUUCAACUCUUACAUUGGGAAAAAGAUACCGGCAAAUUCCAGCUUUUGUGAAAUUAUAGCGCUUAUGUUAUGCAAAAGAAUACAAUUAAUUUACUUAAUUUAAUUAAUAGUCUGUGCUACGCAGGCACUGACAAUCAAAUGAAUCCACAGUACACAAUCCAUCUCUCUCUUCUCUACAUUAUUCCAGGAAUGACAUUUCAAAGAAAGAGGUUCUAUACUUGUGUUUAUCUUGUUGUUACACAUGAUUACUGUAUGCAAUUUAUACAGAGUUUUUCAUCCAAUACCACACUUGCGACUAUCUGAUGACACACGUCACUGACCAAUCAGAUUUCAGAUCACAGAAAGAAAAACUGAAACAUGGCGAAGGCCCAUCCAAUCAGAAUUUAGAUAGCUGGAGUCCUUUUAUCACUAGCUCUUUGUCAUCAGCUGCAGUCUUCAUCCCGUCUCAUCCAUAGAUAUAUAAAGAAUAUAUGAUGCAAUGAUAAUGGGUUAAUAUUUGUGCACAUCCAUUUAACACUUUUGCUUUCUAUUGUAUGUUGAGAAACUAGAGAGGAGAUUUCUAAGUAUUAUUUGACUGAGGGCCAAAUGAGUGUCUCCUCCUAAGCUCUAAAGGCCUUAGACAUUGAAGUGAAGCCAUCGACCUGUAAAUUAUUUGACUGUGUUGAAUGAAACUAUAGAAGGGAAAGGAGGGUUAUGGAAUGUAUGUUUUCUAGACAAUAUAACCUGGAAUUCCUUGCUACGUUUACAGCAAAUGCGAGGUAUUUUAAUGUUACUAAAACAAUGUUAUAAAAAUCCUUUAAAAAAUUAGCUUUGCUUCUGUUCUGCCCGAGGGGGUAACUUUUCUGUUUCCUGACACUGUAGGCGACUCAAGCUCUUCGCUUCCAUGUGCUGUUUUCUUAGGUCAAUGUAAAACUACUAUUGAGAGAAUGUACUUAGUGAAACACUUCGAAAGACUUGAACAAACACCUUUUUUAACAAAAGAUACAAAUAAUUUAUUUUUCAAGCUGCUCUUCUUGCUACGUAAUUUUUUGUAAGUGAAAUAUUCUGACGAUGCAAUCACUUGGUCUUACUUGUCUCAAUACUAGAAUGUAUUUACAUGCUUUGUAGGAGACAGCUAACAUCGCAGUAUCUGAGUCAAUGUGAUGAAGAUAUUCCUUUACUACACACUAUGCUCGAUGGGCCUUAUAGUAUGACAUUUAGGGGUCAACAAUGGACCAAAGAGUAGGGCUUCAAUCAGCUGAAAUUGCAGUGUUUCUGUCACAAAACACUUUGUACAGAUUUAGUGUUGCACAAUUGAUGACGGUCAUCCAGCAGUUGUUGUUUGUCUUUUUUUAUUUGUGUUUUAGCAUCAAAGUGCACAUAAUAACAUUUACAGUAUAACUUUUUUUUUUACAAUGUGAAUGUCUAGGAUGUUCGAGAAAUACAUUUCUAAAUGAAACAAAACUGUUUUACCUGCUCUCAGUCACCAAAGAAAUAAAAUAAAAAGUUUGCCAAUUUUA